UGAAGGCAUGAUCCGACAUAUGAAACUAGUGCAUGUGAAAUACCAAAGCUCAGUCGGAGCAUUUUCAUCCACUGUUGUAAUGUUCAUUUGUGUUUGAGUGUGUGUUGAGUAGUGUGACUAGAUCUGUGUGUGAGGAUCAUCAACAUGACGCAGUCGUGGGCUCCACUCAUCGCCGUUUACCUGUCCAUCAACCUGGCAGCCACUCAGCACCACAGGAAAGCUCUGUAUCCAUCUGCAUAUACGAUAAAACGUGGGACAUAUUCGCUGAUCAACCCCACGUUCCAGCAUUCGGUGGAGGAUGUCAACCUGCUUUUUGAGAUCCUGCUAGCUGGAAUGCAGAUCCGAGGUGGAGAACACACCAUGCUGAUCCCAGAUGAGGAGCUCGCCUCCCUGAGGAGCGUGGAGAAACUGGAGGUCAUCUGCGAGGAUGUCCUGCCAAAGAGGCUCUCCGACAUACGCCGCCUGACAGCAGAGCUCGCCCAGCGUCGGUAUUCUCUGAGCUGGCAGGACUUUGAGAGGACGGUGCUGACCCUGGUGUACACCACUCAGACCCUGGCUCGAGUAAGCAACCAACAGCAGAGAGAGGCGUGGACGGACGCUGUGAUCCAGCUGUUCAGAGCCAUUCAAAAGGAUCUCAGACCCUCCUAAGGAAGAAUCAAAAGAUGUAUUUUUUUUUAAAGCCCUUGGUCACCCUUUUAGUAUAUGAUGGUGUUACACAAUUCUGUCCAAUUCUUGACUUAAACUAGGACCUAGUUUUAUACAUACCCUACAUACUACAUACUUUCUACAUAGUACACUUCAGUAUAUACUAAUUGUUAUAGUAUGUUGUUUUUGUAACUCGAUUGAGUUAAGAUUUUUUUGUCAAGCUGUUUCUGAGGUCAUAGAUGAACUUUCAAACUCAAGAAACCAAGCCACUGUGCUAACAGAAAAUUAUACAAUACAUGAGCUGUCAUUCAAACUGCAACUGAAAGUCCACUGCUGAUUAUAAUUCACAAAGAAAAAGCAAAAUAUUUUUCCCAAGAAUUAAUCCUUUUUCUAACCCCAAUUGAUAUAAAUCAUCCGGUAUCUUGCUACGACAUUUGAUGCUUCCAUAUCCUAAUACCACUUUGUAUAUAUUGAGAUAUCCCACAAUCCCCACAACAUCUAGUACACCAACCCUUUCUAGUUGUUGGUGGUAGUAGUGUCUAAAAACCUGUUUUAGGACUGACAAUAAUUAACAGACACCCAGAUGUUGUUUCUUCUUGAGGAGACUAAAAUAUCUGACUGUAAAAAUGUGAAACAUCACAUCCAUUGAUCAAUGACUGAAAAAUGUAUUCCUUCUCUAAAUAUGUAAUCAGACAGAAACAAUUCAAGACAAUAGCACAUGUCGCUUUUAUGUAAAGUACAUUUAUGUUUUACACCAGAGAUGAAGACGGGAAACAGCUGGAUAGAGAGGGGUAUCACAUGCAGCAAAGGUAACGAGCUGAAUCAAAUUGGGGACUUUGGGCCUAACCACUGGGCCACUUGGACACCUCGAUUUAAUUGCUUUAUUGUAUUAUCUCUCCGAGCUCAUAAGUGUGCACGUGUUUUUCACUCUGUAAUGCAUCAGGUUUGAUCCUACUAAUUUCUUCAUUGUGGGAAAAUUAAAUAAAACCAGCAAAGCA